CGGCCAAUUCAUUCGUUCCGCACGGAAAUCGCCACGGCGAAGGAUGGGCGUCGUCCGAGACUUUCUCGAUGCGCAUGAACGGCUAAAGAAGCGCAUCCACAGCACGCGGAUUCCACUCGGACCGAAAGGAAAGGCAGUCAUGACGGUGGUGUAUUUCACCACGCCGAUCAUUUGCGGGUAUUUUGUCAUGCAGUGGGCACAAUCCAAGGCCGAAGUGAAUUUGAAGGACUUGUCAAUACCCACACGGAACCCGUCGUCCUUCCAAAACGACAGCAUCAAGCAGUUGCUCAAAGACUUGCACAAAGAAGACGAGUCAUUAGACGGGGCUACUCCACAGAGAUGCCCCUAGACACGACACUGCAGACCAUGUAACAAUGCUUGCAACGUCAUAUCUUGCAGUCCUCUUUCCGCCACGAGCUUCCAAUGUUUGCAGGACGGAUCUAUCGUGAGGCUUAUUGAUUUCAUCACACCAUGUCUCGCUGC